UCCCCUUUAUAAGCUUUUCUCUCCGCCCCAUCCAAGCCCUAGCGCUGGUGUGGGAGGGCGAGCGAGCGAGCCUGUGAGCCCAAACCCUAACCCUAGCCACCGAGGAAGAGGGAAGCCGCUACCGCCGCUGUUGUCGGAGAGAUCGGAGAUGGGUCGCGUUAGGACCAAGACUGUGAAGAAAUCCUCUCGCCAGGUGAUCGAGAGGUAUUACUCUCGGAUGACCCUGGACUUCCACACCAACAAGAAGAUCCUUGAGGAGGUGGCGAUCAUUCCCUCGAAGCGGCUUCGGAACAAGAUCGCUGGGUUCUCGACCCACCUGAUGCGCCGGAUCCAGCGCGGCCCCGUGCGCGGUAUCUCCCUCAAGCUCCAGGAGGAGGAGCGCGAGCGCCGUAUGGACUUCGUCCCCGACGAGUCUGCCAUCAAGGUCGACCAUAUCGAGGUCGACAAGGAGACCAUAGAGAUGCUCGCCUCCCUCGGCAUGGCCGACCUCCCCGGCGUCGAGAAGCAGGCCGAAGCCCCCGCCAUGCCUGUCUACUCCGGCCGUCCCGGCGGCUACGGAGGCCGGAGGCUCUAAAUUUUGGGGAGUUUUUAUGGUAGAUUUAGGUGGGAAGUGUGGGAGGUGGGGAGAUCUUGGUAAAAGUCUCUCUCUUUCUUUCUCUUUUCUUCAGUAUAUCUUCAAAAGUUUUGAACUUGGUGCGGAUAUUUCCUUUUGUCGGCUUUGUUUUAAGUUCUCGCUGGACUUGAAUGAUGGAGAGAUAAUAGUUUGAUGACUGUUUGUUUAAUUUGGAUUUCUUAUUCUUGGCUGUUGUUGAAAAUUCGUCUAAUUUGGUGCUGGAGGUUAUGUUC